CUAUAUUAUUAUGAUAAUCAAUAUAUAUUGGAUAUUAUUUAUUAGUCAUUAAAGAAAUUGAAAAUCUAUUAGUUAAUCAGUUUUAGAUACAGUUUGUAUCAUUAAAUUAACGAACCGUGUGUCGUAGGCGUAGCUACUGUUAAGUUAUUAUUUUUGUUCAAAAAUAUUCGAAUUCCAAACAAACUUAUAAUAUUAUGAAUUAUUUUUCAAGUUGAUACAGUAAUAUCCAUUAAUAAUGUGGGAACCAUCGAAUUUAGCAGAAAAAAAAUUUAACGCUGAAACGAACAGACUGAUAGGCGAAGCACAAUUGCACGAAUUUGGCUCAUUUCUGGAAAACUUUGUAGAACAAACUGCAUCUCAAAAAAGGAAAUUUUCGAAUAAUUACAAUAUAACAGCUCAGUUAAUUUCCAUAGAAGAACAAGCUCAUAACAAUGAAUCCAUAGGUCAUUUAGUUCAUUCAGAUAACAAGAUUUUAAGUAGAAUAUUAGCUACACUAGGUGGUAUGUGCCAAGAAAUAGGCAUGCUCGUUAUCGAAGCUGAAAAGUUAUAUCCCAGUUUUGUUUUGUAUGAAGAUUCCAUUGAUAAAUCAUCACAGCAUAAAUCCAUUAGUAAGAUCUUAGAACCUUUGCAAUGCAUUCACUUAUUUGUGAAAAGAGUACAUUCUGUUGUAGUUCUAUCUUUAAAACAAAUAUGUUGUUUAUUAGGAAAAAAUAUAUAUUCUUCAGGUAACCAUUCAGCUUUCCCAGAAGUUUUACAUAAAAUAGGCGACGUUUUAAUAUGUUUGUUAAAAUUUGAUAAUUUGUUGGAAAAUCAGGUGUUAAAAGAUCAUUGGUUUUGGUACAGGAAAUACAUUCGAAAUCAAUCGCAUUCUAAUAAGUUAGGUGUUGAUAGAAACAGGAUUAGAUCUUUGGAUAAAAUGUUGCAACAUUUUGAAAAUGAUCUACUAACAGGCCAAAUUCUAAAAGGAGUCAUAGAAAAAUGUUUCGAAGAUAAAACAUUUUAUUAUCAAAUGAAAAAUUGUACUAUAAAUCAAGAGAUUCAUUCGUUUAUAAUAAAUUUACUCACUGAAUUAGAAAAAGAAGAAGAGGCAUGUCCUGAAAAUUGGUGGAAAAUGAAUAUUUUUAUAAUUUUUUACUUUACCAUAUUUGAAAGUACCGAUAAGAAAUUAAUUAAACAUGUAUUAGAUGUUAAUAAGAAAAAUUCAACUUGUACCCUUAUUGGAAACAUUUUGUGGUAUCCCGAGCAAUUUUUACUAAAACAUUUAAAUAGUUUGGAAAAAUACAUUGAUGAAAGAGCAAUAGAAAAUCAUAGGCUAAAUUUAGUUAGUGUUAAAAACUCAAACUUUCCUAAAGAAUGUAACAGUCUUUGUCUUCAAGUAUGCUAUUUUUUAAUAGAAUUAGAACACUUUUCGAAAUUAGAUACCAACAAUAUUAAGCUCAGGGAACUGCAAGCCAUAGUAGCCUCAUUAGACAAUGGCUUAAAACUGUUGAAAAAAAUUCGUUUUUCAGUCCAGUGGAUGCUAAACAUACACGCCGAAAAAAAUCUACCUCUUCAAAAAUCAGUUUUACUCUCAAUAUGCAGGUUAAUCGAAAUUUUAAAAUGCAUUCCAUUGAUUUUUAAAAAGAAUAUAGUUGCUUUAACUUAUAUAAUUCUGCUAACGACCCAGCAUUUAUGUUACAAAGCUUUAUCAUUACUGAAUAACAUAAAAAAACAAUUUACUCAAGAAAAAUCUUAUAAUGAGCGUCAACUCGAUGUUUUAUCUUCUUUAAAUUUGUGUGAACAGGCACUGAAAUCUGCCCCUACGUUAAAAAGCAUUCUAAUAGCCAAUUUAGCACUAUCAGCUAGUGGUUUAAAUUCAAACGAAGUACAAAAAAUGAGGCAGGUUUUAUCGAAAUUAGAAACUAUAGUAGGCUUUUCUAACAGUUUAAAAGAUACCAGCAGUUGUUUCUUCAUGUAUUGGCAUCAAAAUUAUAUGUUGCCUGUAUAUUUUUCAAAAAUGUUGGCUUCCAGAACUGACUUAUCUAGACAUUAUUUGAUCAUAAACAGUUUAAACGAUUUUUCAAGUGAGUUAACUGAUAAGGUUAUCGAAGAAAACUUUUAUAAUCCAUUGGAACAGAUAAUAGAACGAAAUUUGAGAUUACAAACUCACUUGCAUUUAGAAUUACCUCCUAUGGAUCCGUUUGAAAAUUAUUUUGCUAUACAUUUUAACAAAUACCUACCGAUAGCGUUGCAUGGAGGGUAUAAAAACAUUAAAAAUAACGUUGAGCAUCAUUUAAGUACCAUAUUUUAUAAUUUAACAUCUGUGGUUUUGCAUAAUUGGAAAACGUAUGGUGAGAUGAGACGUUUGGCAUAUUUACAAUAUGGAUUAGACACUAUCGAUGAUAAUUUACCAAUACAAACUUUAGAGCAAGGAUUGGAUGUUUUAGAAAUUAUGAGAAACAUUAACAUUUUCGUUAGCAAAUAUCUUUAUAAUAUGAAUUCUCAAGUUUUCAUAGAAAGAAUGAGCGACAAUAAGCAUCUGAACUCAAUAAAUAUAUCUCAAGUUGCCAAUUCUAUUCGAACACACGGCAUAGGCAUCAUGAACACCACUGUGAAUUUCACCUAUCAAUUUUUAAGAAGCAAAUUUUACAUUUUUUCCCAAUUCAUCUACGACGAACAUAUUAAAUCUAGAUUGAUAAAGGAUUUGCGAUUUUUUUCUGAAUACAAAAUCGAACUAAACCAAAUGUACCCAUAUGAAAGGGCGGAAAAAUUCAAUACAGGCAUUAGAAAGUUAGGUUUAAACGAACAAGGCGAGAGUUAUUUAGACUUAUUCAGAAAAGUCGUUACACAAAUUGGUAACGCCAUCGGAUAUGUCAGAUUAAUAAGAUCGGGAGGUAGAAGAUGUCUGGCAGAUGGAACGUGUUUCAUCCCCGAUCUGAAAAAUACUUCAUUAAAAGACGCUAUUAACAACGAACCGAUACCAGAUUUGACCAAAAAAGCAACCGACGGUUUAUUGGAAACGUUACAAAUGUAUUUAGAUAACAUAGAAGAUGCUACCGAAUAUUUUAAACUGUUGGUAAAAGUUUUCGUGCCAGUUUUACGUAACAAACAAAACAUUCAUUUGAAAAACUUUUACGCCAUUUUUCCCCCGUUAACCAUAAACUUUAUAGAAUAUUCUUUGAAUUGCAAGGAGAGGUUAAAUAAACGAAAUAAGACGGAAUAUACGUUCACUGAUGACGGUUUCGCGCUGGGUUUAGCUUAUAUCGUAGAUAUUUUGCAUCAGCAGGAUAAGUUGAACAGUUUGCAUUGGUUUCAAUCUGUGCAAAAGAAAUUUAAUACCGAUAGGAUCAAGAUUAAAGAGCAAAUGUCUGUUGCUGAUAAUUAUGAUAAUAAGUUGAGGCAAGCUCUGGUAUUGACAGAAAAAAAGGUCGCUUUGUAUGAAAAAGAGUUCAAACUCUUAUAUUAUGGGUACAAUAGUGCGCGGUUGUUUUUCCAAAGUUAGAUUUUUUAUUUCCCCGGAAUGCUACAGCAAAAAAAUAGUCGUCCCUAUCUUUCACAAGCUCAGGCUGCGUUCAGGGUUAAAAUCCACUCGUUAGGGGGUGAAUUAUAGGGAGAUUAUUAUUAUAUAGGGUAUUAUCUAGGGGAAAGUAUUAUUAUUAUUAUUUAAGUGUAAAUUUGUUAAAAUUGUUAAUGCAAACAUAAUAAAUCAUUGUUAGCUUCAUACAUAAAGUAAUAAAUAAUAAACAUAUAUAUUUUUGUAUAUUUCACUAUUACAAAAAGGGUUAAUUCAUUCUCUUAUGUUGAUAGCUCAGAAAUUAUUUACGAGGAAAGCGCCAAUAAUUCCCGGCCUGACAAUGAAGGAGGCAAAGUACAACAACAAGUUUUUAUUAUUUUUCAAUGUAAUCUCCCUUAUCUCAAUGCACUUCUUACAACGUUUAAUUAACAAUUCAAUCCCUUUAAAAAAAUAUUCUUUCGGUUUAUUCUCAAAAUGGGCCAAAACGGCUUCUUGUAACUAAAAAUCGUCCCGAAAAUGUCCUUUUUCAAAUAACUAAACAAAUAAUAAUCGCUGGGAGCCAUAUCUGGACUAUAAGGAGGGUGAUCUAUAUUUUGAAACCCGCAAUCUAGGAUGGCAGCUUGUGUAACGCCAGCAGUAUGAACGGGCUCAUUGUCGUGCAACAACUGCACGCCUCUGGUUAAUUUUCCUCGACGUUUUUCCCGAAUACAUUUCCGCAACUUAUGAAGUAAUGCGGCAUAAUAUGUGCCAUUAACGGUGGUGUUGGUCUCUUUUAAUCAAUCAGAAGGAUUCCUUCACAAUCCCAAAAGAUCGUAGCCAUCACCUUUUUCGUUGAUUGGCAGACUCUAAAUUUUCGUGCGGGGGGGGGGGGGGGGCUUCACCCUUACGGCGCCACUCCAUUGAUUCCCUUUUCGAUAGAGGAUCAUAAUAAAGAACCAUAGUUUCAUCUCCAGUGACUAUUGUUUCCAACACGGGUUCGGAUCAUCUCCACACAGUUCCAAGAACGAUCGAGCACACUCGACACGACGUUGCUUCUGAAUCGCCGAAAGGUGUUUGGAUCAUGAUCAUGGAGGAUUCGGCGAACAGUGGUAUCAGAAAGCUUGGUAAUUUCUGCCAUUUCCUUGACCUUCAAACGUCGGUCACUUAGCACCAGGUUUUCCACAAGGGCUACUUUGUCCUCCGUUAUCACCUCCACUGGCCGUCCAGGUCUUUCGUCAUCUUCAAGGUAUUCCUGACCCAUGCGAAAACGUUUUGCCCAUUCCUUUACUACCGAAUAGGAAGGGGAACUUUGGCCAUAUACGCCAUCGAGUCUUUCUUUAAUAAUUUUAGGUGUAAGCCCUUCUUUUGUUAAAAAUUUAAUAACCGCUCGUACUCAAUUUUCGUCACCUGAGACAUUUUCGGAGAUACUUUAGUUUAAAAUGCUGACAAUUAAAAACUAUUUGACGUAAGUCGCUUAUUUUGUUACCACAGCCUACUAAGGUUUGUAGUUAUAAAAUGUUAAACUUUUAUCCUGAUAAAAUAUCUGCAACUAUGUCAGGCCGGGAAUUAUUGGCGCUUACCUCGUAUACUUAAUCUGUAUUAUUAGGUUCUUUCGUUCGCUGUUGGUGCAGUGUGCACUACUGUCAAUUACACCACCUUAUUUACCUAGUUUACUUCCUCCUUAUUCCUUAUACACCAGUGGAUACUACAUCGCCGACAGGAAGGUGGGAAUUUUACACUGGGCCAAACGAAAGGUUUAGUCUCUGUUGGUGUAGUUCAUUCUUAUAGCAGGGGCAGAAGUUGGAAAGGUUUUUGCCAGUUACUCUAUUCUCGAACUCAUGAAAGCGCUCUCCUACUCGACGGUGAGUCGACUGAUUCAUCACCAGAGUUGCCAGGUGAUCAAAAUUAAAUUGUACAUUUUUUUUUCUCGUAAGUUUAUCGUACACGACACUGGCCUUACUAAUGUGACGUUAUUAGAGGUUGGUUAAUUUAGGAGUUUAUGUGGUUAGGGUUAGGGUAAUUAGACAAUAAUUUAAUUGAAUAAUCAUAUAAAAAAAAAACAAAAGAAAAAAUAACAACCUAUUCUUGUUCAGAAAAAGUUUCAAAAAUAAUUUCGUUUUCUUGUAAUCAUGUAAUCCUUUCUGAUUUUGAUCUUCCAAUUGUUUUUGCCUAUACAUUUUUAAAAAUGUCAUGAAUUUUAUCCUUUCAUAUGUAUUUCCUUAUGUACAGAAGCGACCGGUCAAAUUUUCUGAAACUUUGGUAUGUUACUGUACUCAACCUAGUAACUAAAAGUGUAAAUUGGCUCAACUUAAUCCUAUGACUAGUUUUCGGUAUACAAGGUGUUAAAGUUGAAAAUUGCCUAGUUUUUCGAAAUUUUUAUUUUUAAACUUACGAGCUGGAUUGAAUUUCUGUUGUAUACACACGUUUACUACAUGUUUUAGUACAUAUGUAUAAUUAAAAAUAUUUUUAGCUACAGGGUGAUUCACUAAUUUUACUGUGACGUCAGGGAAGCAUAUUUUUAAAAAAUACUACACAAUAUGGUAUUUUGGCAAUAAAAUAUUAUACAAUACAUUUCCUAUACAGAAUAUUCUAAUAGAAACAGAUUACUCUGUAUAUUUUAAAAUCUUAUGAUUAAAUACUUACUUAAUGUAAUAAUAUUAACUUAUUCAACAGUCAUUUAAAAAAUACAAGGUCGUCUUUUUAAUAAUUUCAAAGCAUAAUUUUAUUUUUUGGUGAUUGGGUAAAUGGUUCACCCUGUAUAAAAAGAAAUUAAUGAAAUAAUUUAUCUGUGGCGCAACUGUAGUUAUUCAUUGUUUGCAAAAAUAUAUUAUUAUUGUGAUUUAUUCGUGAAGCACCCCAUAAAAAUUAUUAGCGGCUUGUGUCCAAAAUAUACAGGGUAUUCGAUAAGUACGAUACAUAACUUCAGGAGCGUAUCCUGGAACUAAACUAUAUUCUGUCAUUGUGAACCACCAAUAUUUUGACUACGAGCCGCAACUGUCUUAAACUGUCCCUUGUAUUGGACAUCUCCCCAAAAUUUAUAUUCUAUGUAAAGAAGACAAUCUAGCUUUUCAGUUUAAAGAAAAUAUAAACUAAAAUCAACAAUUCUCCACUUUAACGCCAUGUAUUAGAAGAUUUGUGUUCGGCGAGUAUCAGCUAACACCGGCCGAUAUAAGAAAAGCACCUCUUGGCGACGUUGUCAAUUACAUUAAAUCUCUAGGCUGGCUCACGAACUACGAGGUGCCUAUCUUCUCAGGAGGAUGCACAAUGGGCCCACUCUCCACACGUUACAGAUACAGACAGAACACCCUGUAUAAGAAAUGUGUAUUGUGCAAUAUGUAGUCGACAAAAUACUAUACCGAGUGGUGCUUUUUGAAAAAAUGCUUCCCUGAGUCACACUAGAAUUAGUGAGAUUUUGCAAAAAAACUACCGUCACAUUUGUGAAUCACCCUGUAAUUAAAAAUAUUUUUAAUUGUACGCAUGUAAUAAUAUAUUACAAAAAUAUUAAACGUGUGUAUGUCACAAAAAUUCAAUCUAGCUCGUAAGUUGGAAAAUAAAAAUGCCGAAAAAUUAGGCAAUUUUUCAGUAUAUCAUAUAAAUACGAUAAUUAUGGUAGGUCUUGCAACACUGCUCUCGCUGUUGACAUGAUUCCUUAUAAUUUUAGUCGAAUGACAUGUGCAGUAAGGCCAAAUCGUGAGAGAGAAGUCUCACACUCAUUUCCCCUUAGUUGCAGAAUACGGCUCCAGUUCUUCCACUUCGUACACAUAAAUUGACAGGUUUGCGGCGGAUCUAGCCGAAGUGGAUGCGAUACAUUGGCGUACAAAAUUAUUUUAUAGGAUGUUAAUAACAAUUUCGAGUAAAUAGUUUAAUAAAUUUUGAAUAGCUGUUGAAAUUUUGUAGAAUUAUGAUUUGGAUAUUAUAAUACAUAAUUAUUUAUAGUCCAUAAAUACAUGCGAUUGUCCGGUUCCGCCAGUAAAAAUUUAAAAUUAUUUAUUCUAUCAAACCACGCUGUCAGGUAAACAUCACUACAAAAUUCUCGAAGUUGUCUGACGUUGCUUUGACGUUUACCCCCCUCUCUACCUACCAAAAGCCUUUCCAACUUCUGCCCCUGCAUUGGCUCAGUGCGAAGUCAUGGUAGGGGAAGCUAGCUACGGAUAAUUCGUGCAUUUUAGGACGAAAUUUUGUAAUUUUGGCAUAUUAAAUACACAUAUACAUUUUACCUUUUUUUUUUAGUAGGUAAAAAUAAUACAAUAAGCAACCGGAGUUGUUGUGUUGAAAAUUGUAAAAAUACUAGCAAAAAAAAAACAGUGAAAAUUAUAAAAAAUUUCAGUAGCAAAGUGGAAAUUAAAUCAAAGAAAUAAAUGGAUAGGUGUACAAUAAGAAGAAAAAUUACCCUUAUUUUUGUAAUAAUAACAGUAAUACUGGAAAUAGUAGAUAUCAGAAACUUUAAAGGUUUUAAAUAAACAAUAAAUUAUCAUUUUACGAUGUUCUUCAACAUCCCUUUAUUCUUAAAUGUUCAACAAGGACUAGAUUUCAAAAUUUCUGCCUUUGAUUAUUGUAUAUGGCUGUAAUGCAAUUUUGUGACUUACUGAUAGGAAACCAGUUUUAAUCAUUUAUUCUGUUUUCUUUCGAACAAAAAUGAAAAUAUAAAUAACAAUCCUUCUGGUUACACAUUUUAACUUCACGCUAUUUUUUAAUGGUAUUUUUUAUUUUGACAAUAGGUUAAUUGUUCAAAGACAACUUAUUAGACUUAGACAAUUUCUCAUAUAUUUUUCCGUAAAUACUGUUGCCUGUCUAUAUUUUAUUAUUGAUUUUUUUAAAUUUAAUUGAUAAAAAUAUAUAAUAAUAAAUUAAUGUUUUACUUGUUUUACAAAUCCAUGUACUUUUAUUAAAACUAACAUAUAUACUUUUUAAUUACGAAUACUAUUAAAAAUUAUUGUCAGUAUACGCAGUCCAUUAGUACCUGAAUGAAUUGGCGCUGUUGUCACGAACGAAACGAAUACACCAGUAGGACGAACGAAAUAACCUAUUGUGUAGAUUUUUUGGUCAAAAUCGAAACAAUUUUUAAACAUUUUCAUCCUAUAUAAUAUAUUAUAAUUAACCUAUAAAUUUUGGUGUAACUUUGAUACCUCCAAAGUGGAUUGACCUCUUAAUAAGCUUAUAUAUACCGACAUAAACUGUUAUAUUUCGAAAAUAGUAAUAGCAAAAAAAGAAUAGGUUUUCCAUAAUACGUUUUGAUUAUUAAAUUGUGAUAAAUAUGUAUAUAUUUGUAUUUAUUGUAAUACUAAUAUUUAUUUUAUUAACGAAUACUUAGUUAUACAUUGAUUAGCAUAGCAAAACUGAAUUGUGCAAUAUUAAAAAAUUCUUAAGAGUG